GAUGGAAUGCAUUAAUGAGGAAAUAUUAGGAUUAUUAUAGAAUAAGGAAAUAAUGCGGAUUUUUCAAAAGAUAAAAGAGUCAGCAAAGUUUUGAGAAAGAGGGAUUGUUUUUUAGCAAAUUUAUUAGAGAUCCUUGAGGUUGUAAAUAGCAAGGUAUAGAAAGGAGAGGCAAAGGUACUGUAUUUGGCUAUCCAUAAAGUACUCAAUAAGAUGACACAUUACAACUACUGUACAAAAGGUUUUGUGGGAUUGAGGAUAAUAUAAUAAUUUAGGCUGAUCAUUGGUUAACAGACAGAAAGCAAAGUAGAGAUGAUCAGUUUAUGUUCUGGUUGGCAGCCUUUAAGUAGUUGGUUUCCUCAGGGAUCAGUGUGUAAAUCAAUAUUAAUUUACAAUCAACAUUAAUUUACAAUUGUCUAUUGUCUAUAAUCUAUAUUAAUAAAUUAGACGUAGUGUAAUUGUCAGGUGUGCUGACAAUACAUAGAUAAGUGCACAAUAACCUGUGUAGAGGACAUAAAGAGUCAGCAAAGGAAUAUAGGAAGAUUUAAUAAGGAGACAAAAAUGAAGGCUGUGUAGAGAAAUUAUCUUUUUUGCAGGGAAAAAUAGAAAAGCUGAAAAAUCUUUAACUGCAGUAAGAUUAUAAACAUUUUCAAAGCACUUUUGAUAUUGUAAAUAAUGCAGUGUCUGUAGGAGUUUAUUGGAAGCGGCAUGGAGUAUUGUAAAUGUUAAGGAAGUCCUGCUAAAACGAUUGAAGGCUUUCAUGAGACGACACCUUGGUGAGACUACAUUUAGAAUAUCGCACAACAUACAAAGUACUGGACGAAUUCAGUGGGUCAGGCAGCGUCUGUGGAGGGAAUAGCCAGACAACAAAGAUUCGGGCCUGACCCGCUGAGUUCCUCCAGCACUUUGUGUUUUACUCAAUAUUCCAGCAUUUGCAGUUUAUUGUGUCUCCUCAUAUGGUUUUUGUCCCAUCAUUUAAAUAAGGAUAUACUUUCUUGAAGAUGUUCCAGUGAAUAUUCUUUUGAUUUAUUCAUGAGAUUAGGGCUUGUCCUUUGGGGAACAAUUGAUCAGCUUGGGUUUGGAUUCAGAAGAAUGAGAGGUGAUCACAUUGAAAUAUAUAAGAUUAUGAGGGGGGAUGGAUGGAGUGGAUGAUGUGACUCACAUGCCAUUAAUACUAAUGUGCUUAGUUAAGAUUUACAACAUUAAAUUUUGGUGUGAGAGAAGUUGCUUUAUCAAUUCAGUUAUCUGGCUUCAGGUUGAAUUGUUUGUUUGUACCAAGUUCAAUUUGUACCAAGAUUAUGUUAUAAACCUACGUGCAGGCAACAUUCCUUAUCUAAUUGCAGAGCUCAGAAUCAAUUUAUGUAACUGAGUGUACAGGAUUUGGCUGAUUAUGUUAAUGGCCUCUUGUAGUCCUUGGCGCAAUGUACAGGAUGGUUUACAGUCUGUGUACAUGACAUCAAGUUGAUGAUAAACUUCCAUCUGUUUGACCUGGUGUUUCAUGGAAAAAUAUUAUCUGCUGCUUGCCUGCACCAUAGUAACAGGUUCCAUGGCCUUUUAGCAACUGCAAGCUUGUUUUUCAAUGAAAGCAGCGUGAUUCCUGAAGCCAAGGUCACAUUUAGUCACUGAAAGAAACUGCGUAUAAAUAGUGUCGGGUGCAACCAGCUCAUUUGGUGCCUGUGGCGGUUAGUGUUGUACUGAGAGCUGGAGUUAAACAUCCACUUUCAGCCAAAUCUUCCGACAACAUUAGUUUUGUUGUGUUGAGAGUUAGCGAUUUUAGUUUCCUGAUAAAAUCAGAACUUUAAACUGCCUUGAGCUGUUAAUACCAUUACAGUGUGGCAUCAGUGCUAAAUUGAGUGUGGUUUCUGCCUGGCAGUGAGAUUAUGGCUUGUGUUAAUGUUCUGCUCAAUAAAUGCCAAUGUGUUUCUGGAGUGAGACAGAACGCAAUCUUAAAAACCAUCUUGAGCCAGCAGAGCGAUCUGAAGAUUUGCUCUGAGUUCUCGCAUUACAGCUGCCCCUGUGCAACUAGGCGGACAGUUUGCUUGAAAACUCCACAGGUUACCUGUCAGAUGGUAUCAGAUGUGCUGGUAAAGACAGUAAACUUUAUGAAGAACCUUCCUUUAUUCCACCACCUUCCCAAGGCAGAUCAAUUAUUGUUGCUGGAAAGCUGCUGGAUACAGUUGUUUUUGUUGGGAUUGGCCCAGGAGAGGGUGAGCUUCGAUGUGAUAGAGACCCCAGGCCACAGCAUGCUGAAGAGAAUCUUGCUGAAGGGGCAAGACCUGAUCAAGACAGGGGCAGAGGAAAGGAGACAGCCAACACUCGCUGGUGUACAGAGAGUAAGAAUUUGGCUGCACAAGUUCUGGUGCUUGGAUCUGAGUCAAACAGGAUAUGCAUAUCUGAAAGGAGCACUCCUCUUCAAUCCUGACCUGCCUGGACUCCAAGCACCUGAUUACAUUGAAAGCCUUCAGCGGGAAGCUCAGGGGGCACUCCAUAAGGUCCUGGAGCCCAUUCCUUCCAAGGACAACAGUCGCUUUGCUCGUGUUUUACUCACUGUCUCUGCCCUAAAAACCAUCAGCAAUGAUCUCAUAACAGAACUCUUCUUCAGGCCAGUGAUCGGAGCAGCCGAUAUGAGUGAGCUGCUGCUGGAGAUGCUUUACACCGAGUGAAGAGCAGCCACCAGCAUUUCUGCUACUCAACCGCUCACCUGAUCCACACACACAUAUUACCAACCUGACUGUGCCUCACUGCACACCCACAGCACACACACAUCAUUUGGCCUACAAUGUGGAGUGGUGCGGCCUUUCCUGGAGGCCGGCCCAGAGCUUCAAGCCGCGGGCGCGGCGCGGACUUACCAUCGUGGAGUGGGCGAUCCUUUGCCGAGGAACGCCAGCGAAAGUGCUCCGACCACGAGGCCUGUGAACUUUAACACCGUGAAGCCGCGGUCUCCGGUAAGAAGAGGCCGACUCGGGAGCUCCAGGCCGCGGAGUGUUCCGAUCCGUCCCAACACUGGAGUUUCAAUCAUCCCGACGCGAGGGUUUGAACAUCGGACCAUCGGACCAUCGGCAGCGGCAAGUGCGGAGGGUUCGGCAAAGGAGGAAGAUGACUGAACUUUAUUGCCUUCCAUCACAGUGAGGAAUGUUGAUUCCACUGUGGUGGAUGUUUAUGUUAAAUUUUAUUAUUGUGGCUGUGUGUAUUGUUGCUUUUCACUUAGUAUGGCUGUAGGGUAACUCAAAUUUCAUUGUACUGUAACUGGUUAAGUGACAAUAAACGCAAACUUGAACUUGAAUACCUGCCGCCUCAGUAUUCACCCACGUCCUCACCCACUUAUCCCUAACUGCUCACUCAUUGAUCAAUACUGUCAACAUCUCGUUGUUGCUUACCCAGUCCCCACUUUAAUAACACAAUCUCAUUAUUGAUCUACUGCCCGCAUUAUAUCCGUUACUCCACAUUUCCCUGAACUGUUGUUU